AUGAAGCUACAUAAUUUUGAUGUACAUGUUUUCACUUUAUCACUCUUUAGAAAUUUUGAAGAGGAGUUUGGAUACUCUAUGGAAACAACUGUUCAGAUGUUAGGCAGUAAUGAAGAAUGCCUACUUUAUCAAGUAACACUAGAAGACAAGCCAUGGUCUGCACAUCAAGUAAACUAUAUACAAGAGAGCCAAACUGUAUGGUGUACUUGCAAAAACUUUGAAGCAUCUGGAUGGUUAUGUUAUCAUUGCAUCAGAAUUCUACAUUUGCAUUCAGUAACAAGAAUACCAGACAAGUAUGUUUCAAAAAGAUGGACUAAGUUUGCAAAAACAGAGGCAUGUGAUAGGUUGAAGAAUCAGGAUCCUAAACAGCAAUAUAUUCCAUGGAGGCAAACAAUGAUGAGGAAAUACUACAAUCUAAUCUUAAAAAGUCAAGAAAAUGAAGAGACAAGAGCAUUUAUGGAAGAAAGCUUCAGAAACAGUCUUAAAAUGGUGGAAGACUUACUUGCUAGUGCUGCUCAGAAAGAAAGUGCAGAAGCUGCUUCUAAUAUUCCUGAUGUGGCAGACAACACUCAAAACAAUACUGACGCUUCUUCAGCAUCGAGUACAAGCACAUGUGUACCAAUAAUUCUUGAUCCUAAAAGGGCUGUAACAAAAGGAAGAAGCAAGAAAGCAAAAGGAGGACUUGAAAAAAGAAAGAGAAAAAGAAAACCAGCACUGCCACCUCCAAAUUCAGAAUUUGGAUCAAAGACACCUAACUUACGACUCUUUUAA